AUGAAGAUCUUCGUAGCUUAAAUAGCGGUACUAGCGAUUUUGGUCCUUGGCGCAAGGCUAGGUUCCAGCACCCUGCUAACGAAUGAUUGCGGGACAACGAGGGACCCAUCGAGAAUUCGGCGGGUUGUUGGAGGUAGAGAUGCGGACAGGUUCGGCAACCCUUGGAUGGCCAUGGUGCUUGGGGACAAUUUCUUCUGCGGCGGUUCGCUUAUCACUCGUCUUUUUAUCCUGACCUCAGCGAGUUGCGUCUCAUUGCGUCCCAAACAAGUGAUCUUGGGCGAAUACGACACGAACUGCACUUCUGUGGAUUGCACGUCCAUCCGCCAAGUUAUUGAUAUCGAUGAGCGGAUUAUCCAUGACCAAUGCGACUUGAAAAACUUCAGAAGUAAUGAUGGUAAGAUGGUAUCGGUGCUUACACAAAUGUUGAGCACCACGUGGAUUGGAUUGUACAAUCCAUCAACAGAAGCAAUGAGCUUGCGUCGCAAACGCGGAAAAUUGCCAAAGAGCUUAUAAGUUAAUUAAGACCUCACACAACGAAUUUGUUGUAUAUUAAAUGUUAUUAAUGGGGUA